AUCGAUAAAUAUUUAGCACGUGAAACACAUCAAAACAAAAACAUUCUCUUUACAAAAUUAGAUUAAAUAAAAAUGAGUCAAGAGCCGGAAAUUGCAAAGGAUGCAGUCCUUAAAAAAAGUGAGGCCAUAGCAGAAGGAACCCCGCAGGUCAAGGGUUAUGAUUUCAAUGAUGGUAUUGAUUAUAGUAAAUUAUUUGAAUCCUAUGUUAAUACCGGAUUCCAGGCCACAAACUUGGGUUUGGCCAUUAAGGAGAUUAAUAAAAUGCUAGAUUGCAGAUCCCAGCCACUGACGGAAGAAGAACAAGAUAUUCAUGAAACAGAUGAAUUUAUUAAACGUAAACAUAAAUGUACGAUUUUCUUGGGUUACACCUCAAAUUUGGUAUCAUCGGGAAUGAGGGAAACUUUGAGGUAUUUGGUGGAACACAGUAUGGUAGAUUGCAUCGUGGCGACAGCUGGUGGCGUCGAGGAAGAUUUCAUUAAGUGCCUGGCUCCAACAUAUAUGGGGUCAUUUGAAUUGUCUGGAAGAGAUUUGAGAGACCGUGGAAUUAAUCGUAUUGGCAAUUUGUUAGUUCCCAAUGAUAACUAUUGCAAAUUCGAAGAUUGGCUAAUGCCUCUGUUAGAUGAAAUGUUGGAUGAACAAAAAACGAAAGGUACCGUUUGGUCACCAUCACGCAUAAUUCAUCGUUUAGGUGAACGAAUAAAUGAUUCGUCAUCGAUUUACUAUUGGGCUGCAAAAAAUAAAAUUCCUGUAUUUUGUCCCGCCUUAACCGAUGGCAGUCUAGGAGAUAUGAUGUACUUCCAUUCUUUUCGUAAUCCCGGAUUAGUUGUAGAUAUUUUAUCCGAUUUAAGACGACUCAAUACAAUGGCAGUAAAGGCUAAAAAUUCGGGCAUGAUUAUAAUUGGUGGUGGUGUCAUAAAACAUCACAUUUGUAAUGCUAAUCUAAUGCGUAACGGUGCUGACUAUUCAGUUUUUAUUAAUACCGCAUCCGAAUUUGAUGGCAGUGAUAGUGGUGCUCGGCCUGAUGAGGCUAUAUCUUGGGGUAAAAUCCGCAAAGAUGCCAGUCCUGUAAAAGUAUAUGCAGAAGCUAGUUUGGUAUUUCCUAUUAUAGUCGCAGAGACAUUUGCCAAACGGAAAUUUAAUACAAACAAAUAAGUGUUGAGCUUUAAUAAUAUUAGUGAAUAGAAUUAUGUGUGCUCUAUAUUAUGAUAAGAAAUCGUAAUAAAACUAAAAAUUGACAAUGUUAGAAAUACCAUAA